AUGGCGAUCGCUGGGGUGAAGUUAGCCAGCGACGGUGGAUUUGUGACAAAUUGUUUCCCUGCUCGUUACAGGUUUGGACGAACCAGUAGUGAAGCAAGCGGAGCCUGGGUGCUGGCACAUGAGGAUGAGCAGAAACGAAGAUUUAAAGCUGUGCUGUGUGCUAAACAUAGAACAUACAGCCAGAUCAAAGAACAGCGCAAAAAUUCUGAACUUGAGGCACCAAAACUGGCCACUGACAAGUUAGAUGACUCUAGUAAGAAAGUCGACACAAGUGUUGAUAUUUUGGACAAGCAUUUUCUGAUGAAGCACUGCUGCAUUGAUGAUCCCAGUGACCUGUGUUCCCUCAACAUUUCCAGCAGACAACUGACAGAUGCAAAUGAGGAUGACCUGCUUCUCUUCAAGAAUGUUGCAUAUAUUAAUGCAGGAGAAAACUUUCUACCAUUCGAAGUCUUUCGCCAGUUUUAUUCUGUGAGAGAAUUAGAGGUGCCUCUCAAUGGACUGCGAAGUUUGAAAAUAUCACACACAGAUUUCACAAACCUUGAG